AUAAAUCAUCUCUCUCCAUCAAGCUUUUCUUUUCCUCGAAUAUUGUUUGUCUUCUUCUGAACCCAGUUAAAUCUGUGUGCUUUUUCAUCCAGUUUCCUCCAUCCAUAGAAAUCCAAGAACAAACAAGGGAAGUUCCAAGUUCAAUCAUCAAUCACUUUACUUUUGCACUUAUAUCCAUAUCAGAGCAUGUAACUUUCUUGUCUCUUUGAGCUUAUAUAUCUUGAAACUACUCUGUGCAAUUGCUUCUUAGGUAGAAAACUUUUAUCAGUUUAUGUGGAUUUUGGUUUGUUAUACUGAAAACCCACUUCAGGGUCUGAAUAAAUAUCCUACCUUUUUUUUUUUUUUUGUCUUCUUUCCACUUCUUUGCUUAGUUGUAGCUGUACCUUUUUUUGGACUUGAUUGUUUCUCUUCCCAACAAACUUGCCCUCAACCUCAAAUUCAAUCCCUUGAAAGGUUUGAACUUUGUUGUCAAACUGAUCAAACCUUUCCACGGUGACAGAAAGUGCUUAAUAAAAACUGAAGUUCUUUAAGGCAUAGGAGAGAAUGCAAGUCCCAACGGCAUUUCAACCUAUGAAACCCCAGUUUCCUGAACAAGAACAACUUAAAUGCCCACGUUGUGAAUCAACAAACACCAAAUUCUGCUACUACAACAACUACAACCUCUCACAGCCACGCCAUUUUUGCAAGAAUUGCAAAAGGUAUUGGACCAAAGGAGGUUCUUUGAGAAACAUCCCAGUUGGUGGUGGAAGCAGAAAGAAUACAAAACGAUCAUCCAGCAACUACAAACCCUCUGCAUCAUCUUCUCCAUCACCAUCAGUUUCUUCUACAUCCUCUGCAGUCCAGGCUCCUGCUCCAGAAUCUGACCCGACCCGGAUUUACUCCAACCCGGUUGAUCAGGACCGAAGGGUGCUAAAUUUUGGUGGGAGUUUCAGUUCCCUUCUGGCAUCAAAUGGGCAUUUGGGGAGCCUCUUGGAGGGUCUGAAUUCAACUGGGUCAAAUCUAAAAAUGGUUCAAAUGCAAGACUUUGGGGAGAAUGCAAGUUCUGGUCCACUGGUGAAUCCGGAUUCGGGUAGGAAUCCCGGGUCGGAGAUGCAGAGCAAUGGCAAUGCAGAGAGAUUUCUGAGUAUGCAAAAUGGUGAUUCAAGCUGUUGGAAUGGUAGCAAUGAGUGGUCUAACCUUGCAAUAUACACUCCUGGGUCAAGUUUUCAGUAGAACCAAAGACAAAAAACUGAUGAAAAAAUUGAAUCUUUUUGGCUGAAUCCACCUUUCCAAUUAUGCUGAUUAUUUUGAUCUGUAUACUUAGACAUGAAGGUUGUGAAAAUAAUUAUAUAACUAGCUAAAGCCUAUUGAUAUCAUGCUACGGUGGAUCACAAACCAGAAGGCUACUAUAAUAGCAUCCUUUAGGUAAGUCUUUAUUUUUUUUUACAUGUGUGCGGUUGGUGUUCUUCAAUUUUAUCAAUGGUAGAAAAGAGUAUGGAGGGAUAUGUAAGAUGUUAUAGUGACUGCCUUCAUCACGUAGAUGAGGUGAUGCCUUGACUUGGGGAUUUUAAUUUAAUCUAUAUAUAUAUGUAUCUUAUACAUGGAAUUUGGUAUAUGUUGUUUAUUCAACUUUUCAAGCAUUCAUGACUGUAUGUAUGGAAGUGUCUACUUGAUAAGUUGCUUUUUUCGUUAGAUAUUUGGGAGAACGAAGGGAGGAUAAGUUGAAUUUGGAAAUCCAAAAGUGUACUAUUUGAAGUUUUAUUGUGUGUCUAAUCAAUGGAGA